AUGACCAAUGCUCAAUCGUCUGCACUUGCACCAUCAGUCACAAAAGGCCAACAAAAUCAACUGGCGUUAUGUCCAUACAAAAGACCAGGAAAGGAAAUUAAGAUGACUAGCUGGGAUGACCCAGAUAGAGAGCUCCAUAAUCUAAGAAAGAUCAUGGAGGAAGAAAUGCGUGCAAGAAAUAUUCCGAGUUUAAGAUACGAAAGUUUGUGCAUGCAUCCAAAUGUUGAGUUUCCGCCAGGAUUCAAAAUUCCAAAAUUCAAUACUUUCAACGGAAAAGGAAAUCCCAUUUGUCAUUUAAAAGACUACUGCAGCAGAUUAGUGGGGAUUGGACAUAAUGAAGCCAUUCGAAUGAAGUUGUUCAUUCAGAGUCUAUCAGGGCUAGCGCUUGAUUGGUUCACUCAGCAAGAUUUUAGCAGAUGGUACACAUGGGAGGACAUGGCCCGCGAUUUUGUAGAACAAUAUAAGUUUAAUAUUGGAGAUAGUCCAACGCUUUGUAAUAUGCGUGAAGCAGAAAGAAUGCAAUACGAGUCUUUUGCAGAAUAUGCCAUGCGAUGGAGACUGGAGGCUUCAAAAAUACGCCCUCAAUUGCCCGAAAAUGAGUUGAUUUCCACCUUCAUCGAAAUGCAAAAAGGCAUAUACUAUGAAAAGUUGCUAUGCGCUCGGCUACGUGAUUUCUCGGAUUUGAUUAGAGUUGGAAAACUAAUAGAAGCAAGCAUUCGAGCAGGAAAAAUUAUUGACAAUUCAAAAUUACAAGCCACUUCCCAAGGCGAUGCACUCGAGAAUUUACAAGGCAAAAAGAGGAAGAUAGAUUCUGCUUGUAUUCCCGCUCAUCAGCCACAAUCUCAACAAAAUAGCCAGCUGCUACAAACUCAUAUACAACUCCAACCUACUCAGCAAAGCGUUCAACAUCAAGCUUAUCAAGCACAAUCUAGCUAUCGUCAUUCAGAGAACCUGAAAUCCGCACUUUUAUUCCUCUGA